AUGCCGGGAGACUGGAACGCCUCCUCUGACAGCCUGGAACUGCGAGCCGCGGGGAUUAUCGUGCCCGUCAUCUUCUCCCUCAUCUUCCUCCUGGGCACUGUGGGGAAUGGACUGGUGCUGGCCGUGCUGCUGCGGAACAGACAAAUCAAGUACAAUACCACCAACCUCUUCAUCCUUAAUCUGGCCAUGGCUGAUUUGUGCUUCAUCGUCUGCUGCGUCCCCUUCCAGGCCACCAUUUACACUCUGGAUGGGUGGCUGUUUGGGGCCUUUGCCUGCAAGGCUGUGCAUUUCCUGAUCUACCUCACCAUGUACGCCAGCAGCUUCACCCUGGCUGCCGUCUCCAUUGACAGGUACCUGGCCAUUCGCUAUCCUCUGAAGUCCCGGGAUCUCCGCACCUCACGAAAUGCAGGAGUGGCCAUUGCAGCAAUCUGGUUGCUGUCACUGCUCUUCGCAGGGCCUUACCUCAGUUACUACCAGAUUGUCCAUUACCACAAGGUGCCCAUCUGCGUCCCCAUCUGGGAGGACCAGCGCCGAAAGAUUCUGGACAUCCUCACAUUUGUCUUUGGAUAUCUCCUGCCUGUGAUCGUGGUGAGCCUGGCGUACGCCAGGACCAUCAAGUUCCUGUGGACCUCCAUAGACCCCAUAGAAAGGAUCGCAGAGUCCCGGAAGGCCAAGUGUAAGGUCACCAAGAUGAUUGUGGCUGUGGCCAUCCUGUUCUGCCUCUGCUGGCUGCCCCACCACCUGGUCAUCCUGUGCUUCUGGUUUGGCCACUUCCCCUUCAACCGAGCCACUUAUGCUUGCCGCCUGGCUUCCCACUGCCUUUCGUAUGCCAACUCCUGCCUCAACCCCAUCGUCUACGCCCUCAUCUCCAAGCAUUUUCGCAAGCGUUUCAAGCAGGUCUUCACCUGCCUCUUCUUCCAGAACACGACCAGGAAGAAAAAGAAGAGAGUUGGAAAGAAAGUCCACAUGGUCCAUGUGGGCAAAGGUUUCACCAAUAGCACCAGAGGUUUCUAUGGAGGCAACACUGAGGUGACCCAGGUCCCAGAGGAUAACACCGGGAAGAGGGACCCUGAAGGUGCCAGUCAUGAUGCCAGAGCAUGGACUCACCAGCUGCAAGAUGCCAUGGUCUCUGUGCAGAAGGAGCUGCUGGAGGAGGAAAGUUUGGCAACAGCUGGCCAUCCCCUAGCCAUGACCCCUACAAGAGGAACUGAGGAGUUUCUGACUCUUCAUUACAGAUGUGCAAAGUGAAGAAGCCUGUGUUCCAGCCUGCGAGUAACCACUCCAUUCC